CUUUGGCCGCGCGUCGCCCUUUGUCAUCCGGGCCCCCGGGGCUGCGGCGGGGCGCCAUGGCCGAGAGUGGAGGCGGCGGCGGCCGGCUGUGUCGCCGCUGCUGGAAGCGCCACAUCGUCCGGCAGCUGCAGCAGCGGGAUCGGGCGCAGAAGGCGCGCUUCCUCGACCUGGUGGAGGCCUAUAACAAGCUCUUGGAAAAAUCCAACCUGGAAAACCUCACUGCAAAGCUGCAAGCAAAAUCUCUGGAUAACUUGCGAGGAUUCCCUCCCAGACCCGUCCAGGAGACCACUGACUGUUUCUUGGGUGCAGUCUUGGGCUCUGCAGAAACGAAGGAGAGCCUGAAGGGGAUUCAUGAGAGACAUUUGGCGGAGCUGGAAAGCAUCAAUGGGGAGCUUGCCUACAGCAUCUAUGAAUGGAACUUGCAGCUCAAAGCGAAAGAUGCCGAACUGGAGGAACAAAGGGGCAGGCUGGCCGGUCUGAGUGGGCACGUCUCUGAGCUGGAGGCUGAGCAUCGCCUGCUGCGGGAGCAGGUGGAGGAGCUGAGCCGCAGGACCGCGGCCAUGAAGGAAGACUAUGUCUCUCUGCACCAGCGCUACCUGCAGCAGGAUGGGGAGUUCCGCCGGGCAGCCGAGAGAGGCCUGGAGCUGCUCAGGUGCUUCAUGCAGAAGAAAGCAGAGGCCGCCGAGCACAGGAAUAAGGCCCUCGAGAGGGCAAAGCAGGACCGGCUGGCCAAGGAGCUGAAGAAGGCAGCGAGGACCCCGGUUGGCAUUAAGGGAGAGCCAGAAGAAGGGAAGGCUGAUGAGCAAAAGAUGCUCCACAGAGACGCCCAGGAGGAGCCUGGCGAAAAGGUGUGGAAAAGGCCCUUUCGAUCUGCUUCUGCCACUUCCAUGACCCUCACCAGAUACGUGGGUGUUUUCAAGGGUUUGUUUGAUUUCAGGAUGAAACGCGGGAGCUCCUUCAGCAACCCCUCGGAGGAACGGUACUAUUACAUUCCCUCCUGUGCGGCAGCCUGCCUUCCGUCAAGAGUGAGCGACGAACAGGAAGGCCACGCCUCCGAAAUCAACGCUGCCAGGUUCAGUCCCAAUUCAUCUGUGCUGGCCACUGGCGGGGCCGACAAGCUGAUCAGGCUCUGGAAUGUGACAGGAGGCCGAAUGGAGAAGAUGAAGACACUGGAAGGGGCGAACGGAGGCAUCACCAGCGUCGAGUUUGACCCAUCGGGAUUUCACGUCUUGGCGGCUACAUACAACAAUGCUGCUCAGCUAUGGAAGGUUGACGACUGCCGUUUCAAGGAGGUUCUGACGGGGCACACGGACAAAGUGACCGCUGCCAGGUUCAGAGCCACCCGGCACCAAGCUGUGACGGGCAGCAGGGACAGGACAGUGAAGGAGUGGGACUUGACCAAAGGGGCGUGCUACAGAACCAUCGACGUCUUCUCCUAUUGCAACGAUAUUGUGUGUUGCGACACCUUCAUCAUCAGUGGACAUCACGACAAGACCAUCCGUUUCUGGGACAGCAGAGAUCCCCGCUGCACACAGGUGAUCCCUGUGGAAGGCAAGGUGACCUCCUUGAGCAUCAGUCCCGAUCAGAUGCACCUACUGAGCUGCUCCAGGGACAACGCCCUCAAAGUCAUCGACCUUCGAAUGCACAACAUCCGGCAGGUCUUCAGGGCUGAGGGAUUCAAGUGCGGUUCCGAUGGGACCAAAGCAGUAUUCAGCCCCGAUAAAAGCUAUGCCCUGGUUGGCUCCGCAGACGGCGCUCUGUACCUGUGGAACAUGGAGACGGGGAAGCUAGAGACCAGCCUGCCUGGAGUGCACAGCUCACCUGUGAACGCUGUGGCCUGGAGCCCCUCUGGAGCCUACAUUGGGAGCGUGGACCGAGGCAGGAAGGUGGUCCUCUGGAGCUGAGCUCUUGCCCUGCGGCCACGUGGAGAUGAGGACAAUAUCAGGCUCCUGUCUCCCUCUGAGCCUGUCUGUGUCUGUUGCUGCUGGUCUCUGGGCUCAAGAGAAUGUCCAGGGACGUCACAAGUCUGUGGGCUGGCUCCCCAUGUUCAAGUAAGCACAGACUUCUGUCUCCAAGCAGCCAGAACAGGAAAGGAAAGGGUUGGCCUGGCAUACAACGCCUUUAGGUCCGAGAGAAGUGACUUCGGCCAUCACGGAGGGUCUGCAAAAGGCAAGGCAGUUCCCAGCUUUUGCCUGCAGACUUUUGGUAGCUGAGACGGCUUUGCAAGAGAAGUGGACAAAUUUGAGAGCAAUCGGUGGAACCUAAUCAUUGCUGGAAAUAAUAGCUAUACAGUGGUACCUUGGUUCUCAAACUUAAUCCGUUCCAGAGGUUUGUUCCAAAACCAAAGCGUUCCAAAACCAAGGCGUUCCAAAACCAACACGCACUUUCCCAUAGAAAGUAAUGCAAAAUGGAUUAAUCUGUUCCAGACUUCUAAAAACAACCCCUAAAACAGCAAUUUAAAGUGGAUUUUACUGUCUAGAGACCACUGAUCCAUAAAAUGAAAGCAAUAAACAAUGUACUGCAGUCACACAAUCAAUCAAUCAAUCAAUCAAUCAAUCAGUAGCUGAACUGGGUUCCACACAGUCACAGAAACUAAACAAAAAAGCUGUAAAAACAAAAACACAAAAUAAAUACCAAAAACAGACAGACCUCAGCGUAACACUCAAAACAGAAGUGUGGCACUCAAAUCUGAAGUGUAACACUCAAAAUGGAGCAUGUUCGGCUUCUGAAAAAUGUUCGCAAACCGGAACACUUACUUCCGGGUUUGUAGUGUUUGGGUUCCAAGUUGUUUGAGUUCCAAGGCGUUUGAGAACCAAGGUACCACUGUACUUCAAAGUUUACUGCAAGCUGCCAGGAGAACUUUGUUGCCGGGCAGGAAAUAAAUAUGGUUAGCAUUAAAAGAAGCAAACGAGCAUCCUUCUCCAGAGGCAGUGUACCUCUGAAUUGUAGGUGCUGAGGACAAGGAAGUGAAGAAGGUAACCAGCCUCCUGCUUUGCAUCCGAACAGCCACUUUUGGAAACAGGAUACAGUUCAAGAUCGGAGACAGCUAGCCAAAAGCAGGUGUAAGCGUCUGAGAAUAGCCACACGUGCCUUGUGAGUCUUCCUUUGCACUAUAGUUCCAGCAAGUCAGAGGCAGAGGUUGGGCUCGAUGACCUUUAGUGGUCCCUUCCUACCCUGCAAUUCUGUGAUUAAGCAGCCCUUUCCCCCCUUGUGUGCCUGGUGGCAGCUGGAAUGGCGUGCCAGGUGAACCCAGGUCCAGUCCCCUGAAGCAGUUCUGACGUCCAGCUUCCCAGCUGGCUGAGAACCAUUGAUUCACUUCUCGGGCCACCUGGGCCAAUCCCAGGCUCCGAUG